CCGUAGUCGACUCACUUAUCCCAUCACAAAUUUAUAAUCGUUGAAGAAAACUCCAAACGCUAAACAUGGAAUCCAGCGAUAUUCUUAAUUGUGCUGUCAGAGUGAAAGAGGAACCUUCUGAAAUGUCACUUAUUGAUAAUAAUAAUGAAAUGACUGACGAGAAACCUGAUAUUAAAAACUUUCCACUCUCACCAUUUCAGCAAGAAAAUUCAACUCAUGGGCUUCGAAAAUGUGACAAAAAUUAUAAAAGUGAACUUGACGACGGAGUGGAAAUAGUUGUUGAAUGUGAAGACGUCAAACCCAACUUCGAUUUAUUGGCAGUUGAAAAAAUUGACGUUUAUUAUCCAGAUCGCUUGCGUAAUGUACAAGAUAAUGGUUAUAAAAUUGAGAACAAAAUUGAAAUAGAAGCCGUGAGUGAAGUGAAGCAGGAAUUGCUUGGUGAAGCUACUGAAGGAUCCAAUUUGAAUUUUAGCUGUGAAUACGCCGAACAAAAUAAAAAGACGAAAAUUAUUAAUAAGUUCAAAAAUGAAAAUAGACUCCAAACACACUUCGCUACUGAGCCGAACGAUAAAACCCGAAAUUUAUUGUCAGAUAAGAGUAGAUUGGAUCGUCCUGCCAAAUCAUUUCAUUCCACUGUUGAUUCGGUACGUAAUGGUACUAAACCUAUUUGUAAUAUUUGUGGAAAGACAUUCUCGACCAAAGGAAAUCUCAACAUCCACAUCAAUUCGAUGCAUAAUGCCGUCACAUUUACAUGUGAUAUUUGCGGCAAGAAAUUCUCAACGAAAGGUGGUCUUGGAAUCCACAUUGAUUCAAUACAUAACGGUAUCACAUCUGCAUGUGAUAUUUGUGGAAAGAAAUUCUCAACGAAAAGUAAUCUCAUAGUCCACAUCAAUGCGAUGCAUAAUGGUAAUAAACAUACAUGUGACAUUUGCGGAAAGAAAAUAACAACCAAAUCUAAUCUCAGAGCCCACAUCAAUGCGAUGCAUAAUGGCAUUACUCAUGCAUGUGAUAUUUGCGGAAAGAACUUCUCAAAUAGAGGUAAUCUCAAUAAACACAUCGAUUCGGGCGGAAAGUCAUUUUCACUAAAGUCUCAUUUGAGGGCCCACAUCAAGGCGAUACAUAAUGAUAUUACUCGGACAUGA